GUUUGUUGCAAGCACCUGUGGAAAGACACGAGAUGCUUCUGAUGUGAUGGAAGUUUGCCUGGAAAAGACCGUGGCUUCACAAGAACCAGAGGAUGCUGAGGGUUUUGGGCCUUUGUUUCCUAUUCCAGUUCUGCAACCAGAUGCAGCAGGCUACGUUGCUACCCCAGAAGAGCGUCUUUUUGACAAAUUAUUGCCUUUGGCUUUGAAAUCUGUCCGAGAUAAACAAGACGGCAACCGUUCUUGCAAGUUAUCUGGCAAAUUUAGAGGCGCAGUACGCAAAAUUUUGAGGGCGCGCCAGAAAGUUGUGUGCUUGCGCAGUGUGAUCAACACUAUACUCGGGCCUCGAGUUCGUGAUGUGGAAUCGCAACUUCAAGACAUAGCGACUGCCAAGAAACUGCGGCGAGAGAAGGUGAAACGCUUUUUUGAAAACUAUCGACCUGCCCAGGUGUCGCGGGAGGUUCCAGUAGGUCAAGUGAUGGAGGAUAUGAGCAGCAAACAGUGCACCUCUCUGCUGGAAACGCAGUGCCGAUUCUGGCAGAUUGCUGAAACUGCAGCUGGUAAAGGAGGUGACCGAGUUUCUCUGAAGCCUGAAUUGACAGUUGACCGUAGCAAACACUCCUGGAUUUCACGGGGUGCCAGGGAGCGAAAGAACCAGCGUUGGAACCUUGGAGAAAAGCUUCGUCAAGCAGAUGAUUCCAGCCAGGGAAGGUGGGAUAUAAGAUCCUCCACCAACUUGAAGCAUUUCCAGCCAGCUACCUCGUCUAAGUGCGUGAAGACAACAGUGCGCAUGGAAGUGGGACUUGGGAAAUCAACAUCGCUGCCAUCAAUACACACUCGACAUGGGGGAUUCGGCAAGCCAGAGCGUCGUCAAAGAGAUACUGCCAUGGCAACAACUUUCACGGAGAUGUGGAAACCAGAAGCAGCUGCAAAACAGAAAGCAGUUGAACCCAUGGCGAGGUAUAUGACUGCAUGUGAGCAAGGCAGCAUUUUGCCCACACCUUUGGACUUCAUUACAUCUGGCUCCACCAAACUUGAUGCGGCCAACUGGGCCUUGGCAGACAGCGACAUGAUCCCCGUUGCGACCAUGUUCCGCGCAGUCCCAGAAGUUCAUGAGGUUGACCUAAGCGCAAACACCCUUCUUACGGACAAGUCUCUAGUUCCCUUGCUUCAAAAGAUGAGGAGAAAUCCAGCAUGUUCAACAUUGACACGGUUGAGUUUGCGCCAGUGCUUUCGCUUGGGUGCAUCUUCUGUUGAGGAAAUCAUCCGUCUUGUUUCAAACUCAGAUGGAUUGACCAACCUGAAGACUCUAGAUGUAAGCGGAAUUCCAUUGCCUGUUCGCCUCCAGCAAGACUUUUUCUUGGCUCUGGGAGAGCAUUCCAACCUGGAGAGCUUGAUGUUGGCAGAUAUUGGGCUUGGCAGCAAUCCUGUGGCAAAGAAAUGCUUGGAGACGCUCUUCAGAUGCAAUACCUUGGUAGGAUUAGACUUGAGCUGGAAUGCAUUUGGGGACGAGGUCUUUGGCUCUGUGGGCACCUACGUUUCGCAGGCGCACGUGCAUCUUAGGUCUCUUUCCAUGUCAAAUUGUUCGUCAGCAAACAUUGACACCACAGAUCUAGAUCGCCAGGGUGACCAGGCCAAGCCAUUUAAGCCCGUCAACCUAAUGUUGGAGUGCCUUUGCAAAGCCAAGAGUUUGACAUAUCUAGAUAUCUCGAUCAACCGGUUGGACUUGACGGCGGCAUUGAUCUUGGAAGAUGCACUUGGCCAACAUCCCAGCCUCCAUGAACUUGACGUCUCUAGGAAUCCCUUCGGUGCCCUUGGUGCUCACUCUAUGCUGAGAAUGUUCGCAAUCUCCAAGAUAGAGCGCUUGCAUUGCACAGAGAGCUUUGACGUCGGAGAUUUGAGAGGACAACCAUUUCAGCUCGCCAAUCCUGAAGGCGUCUAUUCCUUGAAUCUGGCGUUACCGUUUCAUCGCUCAAUCCUGCGGAUGCUCUUGAAGUACUGUAAGAUGCUGCACUUGUCUGCAAAGCAAGCGUUCACCGAGUGCUCAUCUGCCUUGCCGUCUUUUUCGGAAGAUGAGGAUGGCAUCUUCCAGGUGCCACGCAGUGGACGGCUGAGCUUUACAUUCAGCAGCACAAAAGCCCAGAGCCCGGAUAUCUACCAGGAGCCCGAGGGGACAUCUGCCGCGUUGACCGAGCGCCUCAAGAUGUGCAAAGUUCGUUUGCAAAUGGAAAAAGCUGUGCUCAUGAUCCCAAUCUUUGAGUCUCUUCAGGACAAGCUUCCCCUCAUCGAUGCACUGGCAAAGAACUUUGUCCUGGACUUUACCCAUGUGGAGAUGCUGUGUAACUUGGGCAAGUCUAUGAUGGUGCCAACUAUAAUUCUGAGGCUUCUGCAUACAACCGCUUCCUCCAAGUUGGGUCGCUACUUAUGCAGCCUCCUGACAAGCAGCAAGGUUCAAUAUUUUCAGAACCAGCGGCGUGCGAUGUUGUCACUGACCUUCACUCCUACCAAUCCAUCGAUGCACUAUGCACUGGUGAUGGAGGAGCCAUGUGAUUUUCAUAUUGUCGAGAGCUUGAGAGUCCUUGACAGAUGGGAGACAAACAUUGCCAUGCGUCAGGGGUUGGUGGACAACUCCCAGAAAGGCAAUCAGUCGCAGGUUCGCAAUGAGCUCUUCGACGGCCGCAGACCAAACUUCAAGUCGAUGCCGGAUUGGCAGCUGCCGUUGCAUGGAAAGCUAGAGUUUGAUUUCGUUGGUGGGCCACGACCUCCUCCAGGUGUCGAGCCAAUGAGAGAUAACUGUUUCUAUGAGUUUUACAAACAAGUUCAACAUGUGACUCGCGGUGGUUGUGACUCAUGGCAGCAGCUUCAAGCUCUUCGAACCGUGGCUCCUUACAUUUACCUUUCGUCGUCUCAGCUGCGAGAGCUGCUUGGAGCACUUUCUGACCGUGAGGCUAGAAUCCAGCUUUUCCAUGUAAUGUACUACCGGUUGGUGGAUAUUUGGAAUGUAAAGGUUCCUAGAGCUCGCUUCUCUGGCAAUGAUUUCACUGUUUUGAUGGACAGGCUUGGACCGACGAAGUUCUUCCCUUUUAUCCAGCCAGAACAGGCUUUCUUGGAGCUGGAUUUCUCUGUACAUGACCAGAAGUUGGCGGUCACCAUUCUCGUGAACCUUUUUCAAAAGGAGGUGGCUCUGCUGGCAGAGCCCAGGUACAUCCGGGAGGAUGGUACGGAGGAUGAACUUGUCACAGGUGUUCCCAGGGCCUGGGCGAGAUAUUCGGAUUGCCCCAAGGCUGGCAACUUCCGAGCCAAGUAUUGUGUGUCCCCCGAGAAGCGCAACUUGAAGACACGCGUGGACUACUUGACGACCAUUGGGCGAUGGAAAAUUCCUGCCUUGGAGUCGGAGGACGUUGACUGGUGGUCAGUCCUUUCUGAUGUUAACCUGGACAUGAUUCGAUUCAUUGAGGUGCUGGAUGAAAGAUAUCUUGGCGACUUGAGCCAGGCUUAUGCAGAUAUUGAUGGUGAUGGAACUGGAAAGGGUGGGAUUUCCCUGAAUGAGUUUGAGGACUAUGGUGAAAGGUUGGAAGAUGCUCGAUUCAGGAAGAAUUGCCGGGAGCGCUUUCGCGCAAUUUUUCGAAACUUGGAUGCCACCCAGACUGGCAACAUCUCUCGGGAGGAAUGGACCUUCUUGGAUUCGGUCAAGCGGGAACUGGACAGACAGAUGCAAGAGUUGUGCAGCUUCAUUCUGUGGAACUUCGGCGGCUUGGAGAAGGCCUUCAGGAAGUGGGACGUGGACCACGACGGGGUCUUGUCGCAGGAGGAGUGGACUCAAGGUCUACAAGAGGCUGGCUUUUUUGGUGCUGGCGAUGAGCUCUUUUCCAUUUUGGACGUAGCAAAUGGUGGGACCAUCACACGUGAGGAGUUCUCGCGCAUUUCAGUGGGAUCUGGGCACAAGCGACGCUCAAUGCGACGUGCUGCCGUUUUCUGAAUGUUUUUUGGGAUGCCAAUCUAAUUACGUUUCCCGGAGCAGUUGAACAAAAUUCGUGCAUUCAACACAUGUGGGAGAGCCCACUUAUGGCUGGUGGUUGGGCUGCGAAUGUGUUUGGCUGACGUCAACUAACGAAACAUCCUCAAAAGUUGGCUUGUGUCCAACAAUGUGCUGUCCAUCCCAGACGAUGGGCCGAGAGAGUCUUGCAUUGUUCAAUUUGCAGGCCAAUUUCAAGCUUUCCGCCUUUCCACUGACGAUUCCGCCGAAGGCGUGUUUGUCAGAGACCAAGCUUGAUCCUUGGCAAGGCGUGAGA